CGCUUUCUUACAAAACUCUCAUUGACGUUUUAAACAGUUUUUAAACAUUUUACAUCAUUUCUGGAUUUGUUGCAAGCUGUUGAAGAAAAUGUUUAAUGUGAUUUUGUUCUGUUUGUGGAGUCUGUCUGGUGUGUUUAGUGAGUCUGUGUCAGUGACUGAAGGAGAUUCUGUCACUCUCGUUGUGGAUCUCACUGAAGUGAAAGAUAAAAUCUCAUGGAAGUUUGGAGCUCAAGAUGUUGUCAUAGCUGAGAUCAAUGUAGUGCACGAUAACAUGAGAUUAUAUGAAGAGAGACCUGACGGGAGAUUCAGAGACAGACUGAAGCUGGAUCAAACUGGAUCUCUCAUCAUCACAAACAUCACAAACACACACUCUGGACUUUAUAAAGUCAUCAACACCAACACAGGAAAACAACUCAAUAUAUUCAACAUUACUGCCUACGAUCAUCUGCCUGUUCCUGUCAUCACCAGAGACUCUUCAUCAUCGAGCUCAAAGUGUUCAGUGUUGUGUUUAGCGGUGAAUGUGUCACAUGUGAGUCUCUCCUGGUACAAAGGAAAGAGUUUAUUGUCCAGCAUCAGUGUGUCUGAACACAGUAACAUCAACAUCUCUCUUCAUCUGGAGUGUCUAGAUGAUUCUUACACAUGUGUAGUGAACAAUCCCAUCACAAACCAGACUCAACAUCUCAACACUGAUGACUGUCACAAGUGUUCAGGUGUGUUUAGUGAGUCUGUGUCAGUGACUGAAGGAGAUUCUGUUACUCUGUCUGUGAAUCUCACUGAAGUGAAAGACAAAAUCUCAUGGAAGUUUGGAGCUCAAGAAGUUGUCAUAGCUGAGAUCAUUGUAGUGAACAAAAACAUAAACAAGAUAUUACAUAAAGAGAGACCUGACGGGAGAUUCAGAGGCAGACUGAAGCUGGAUCAAACUGGAUCUCUCAUCAUCACAAACAUCACAAACACACACUCUGGACUUUAUAAAGUCAUCAACACCACCUCAGGAAAACAACUCAAUAUAUUCAACAUUACUGUCUAUGCUUGUCUGCCUGUUCCUGUCAUCUGCAACUCUUCAUCAUCUUCAGUGUCUUCAUUGUCAACUUGUUUAGUGUUGUGUUCAGUGAUGAAUGUGACACAUGUGAGUCUCUCCUGGUACAAAGGAAAGAGUUUAUUGUCCAGCAUCAGUGUGUCUGAACACAGUAACAUAAACAUCUCUCUUCAUCUGGAGUGUCUGGAUGAUUCUUACACAUGUGUAGUGAACAAUCCCAUCACAAACCAGACUCAACAUCUCAACACUGAUGUCUGUCACAAGUGUUCAGAUGUCUCUGAAGAAGACCACAUCUGCAAGUGUACUUUUACUGAAGCUGUGAUCCGAUUGGUCGUCUCUGCUCUGGUGGGUGUGGCUGCUGUUGCUGUUGUGGUUUAUGACGUCAGAUCCUGAAGAGAUGAACAGAAGAAGAAGAGAUCAUAUCAGAAGAUAAGAUCAGACAUUGAGUUAAACACACUUGAUUCAGCUGAGUGUUAGAGUUGGGUGUCGUUUUAUUGAUCAAUUCCGAGUCUGAUUGUUUAAAUUUCAAGUGUUAAAACUGAAACAUUAUACCAAACAUUACACAUCAAGACGUAUAGUCACAUAGCAUCUUCAUUGAAUGCUUGUCAAAUAAUAGCCUGUGAGCAGUGUUUUUAAUAGAAACGUUCAGUUUUAUCCAUUCUGUCAGAUAACUGUGUUAAGAGAUAAAAUACUGCAUCUCACUUUAAGUGUUUUACACCGGCCUGUGUUCCUGAGAUGUGAUGUUUAAUUUUGCUGUGAUGAACUCUUGUUUAUUGUGUUAGUGAGCUGUAUUUUGAGUUAUUAUGGCUCAAAUCAAAAAAAAAAAA